AAAGCAGAGAAGCCCUUAUGGGUGUGGAGCUUCUGAACUGAGCGGCUUCUACCUCUCGCCAGCACUUUUGCAGGGCUGGCUUUUAUGCCCCACACCACUGUAUUUCCCCUCAACUCAUCUAUCGUCUCCCCGUCGUCAUGUGCGUUGGCUGGGGCCCAUGAGCCCUUCCUGUUCCUGGGUAGAAAGCCUGUGGUCACCGGUGAGCUCAGACUUGCACACAGAGCAGAAGCCAGCCCUGUCCGUGUUCGGCAGCGGUGUGUGGGCUCCGGUGCAGAUGCCACCAGGACCACCGCUUCGCCUUCUAGCUCCCGCCCGCCGCACCUCGGCCGAGGAGCCGGUGCUCUUCAGUUGCGCCUGAUCCGCUGCUGCCUCCUCCCUCCUCCUCCUCACAAUGUGCCUGCUGGAACAGUCCUGUGCCCCGAAGGGAGCUGUGACCCUGGGAGCUGGAAGGACCCAAGAGAAGGUGAAACACAGGACCCAAGGCCAUGCCCACGUGGAGUGAGGAGCAGCUGCGCACUCACCUCAUCAUUGCAGACGCCCUGUGGCCCCUGUGCCCACCCCGUGCUGCAGCCUCAGCUCGGCCAUGGAGAGCACAGAGGUAGAGUCGGACAUCCUGCGCCGUGUCCGCACGCUGCUACGAGAGCUGGAUGGGCACCACCCCACCUGCCAGUGCGACCGAGGGAUGCUGCGAUGGACUCUGCAUAAAAAGAUUGACCAGAAUCCCAGCAACAGCUCCAUCCUGGUCAGGAUCCUGGUGAAGGAGCUGGAAAGGGCGGAGCGAGGCGACUUCAGACAUUACAUCAUCCCCUUGCUGCACACGCUGAUGUACACCUUGAUAAAGGCUCCCUGCAUCUCCGAUGAGCUCUGCGGCAGGGUGUACGAUUUCUGUAAGAAGCUGCUCACCCUGCCCAAGCCUUUCUGCACCAUCGGUUUGGACUAUGCCAUCAGGCUGAAGAUGGAAAGGACAGCACCGGGUACAUUGUACCAAAGGAUGGUCAUUUCCGAACAAAGCCUCAAAAGCGACCCGUACCCUUAUCAGGAAAAGAUUUUCAUCUUUGCUGAUCCCGAGCUGCUCUCUGAAGCCAUCUGCAAUGCACUAGUCACUGACACGGAGGCAGCUCGGGUCUCCCAGAGCCCCCGGGCAUGCAUGUGCUAUGUGAUCCUCCACACCAUGCAGGCGGCCCUGGGCGAGGGCUGCGACAUCAGCAGCUUGAAGGCGACCUUGCAGGUUAUGCCCACGAGUGAUGUCGAGCACUGGUUCCGGCAAGUGGUGGUGGCAGUGGAGUGUGCAGGAAACCAGGCGAGUGCAGACCGCAGCCAGCACGCGGCCAGGCUGGAGGAGAUCUCCCACGCCAUCCUCAGCUCCUGCCAAGCAGGUGAUGCUCCCCUGGGAGGACUGCAGGACACCCCUCUGCCCAACCCCAACAUCAGCUUUCACCUCUGGACAGAAGAUGACCAGCUCUGGAAGGAAUUGGUGCUGUUCAUCCGCCCGCUGUCGCAGAGCUGCGAACCCGACUGCCUAAGCCAGGACCUGGACAACUUCGAGAUCCAGGACAUCAUUUCGGAUUGCGAGUGCUGCGAGCAGACCCGCUUCUCCGUGCUCUCCACUGACAGUGGCAUCGAACGAGACCUGCUCAUGGCAGUCGAGGAGCCUUUUGCCCCUUGCGGUGCUGAAACAGAGCAAUCCCGGCUCCACAGGAAGGGUGGCAUUAAAAAAAAGCCGUCGCCACUGGAGAGCAUGGCCUUCCUGCAGGCUGGCUGCAACGGUGCCGGGACGAAGUCCCCGGUGAAGCUGCAGAGGAGACCAGGCAUCACCCCGGAGCCUGCAGCCCCGCUCCAGAGGCUGCACACUGCCCGCAUCGUGCUGCUGGGGGACGACCGGGUCCUAGGGCGCCUGGCCCAAGCCUACCACUCUUUGAGGAAACGAGAAACACGGAGAGUUUUCCUGACUCCCAGGCUGAACCUGCAGUUCUACUACAUCCCAGUGGUGACAGGGCAGCCAAACACCUUGGCCAUGACGGACCAUGCUGCCACCGGUGAUGAGGAGCUCUGCGAGGUGGCCGGCUACCUGGGCAGAGCUGACCCAUGGUACGAGAGCAACAUCAAUACUCUGUGCCACGUGAUUCCCAAGCUGGCCGCCAUGCCUUCCUCUCCAAGCAAACAUCUUGUGACUGAUCUGUUCAUCACCGAUGUGAUCGCUUACUACGUUCGCAUGGGCACCCAGCCUGUCUGCUUCCAGGUCUACACUGUGAAGAUUUUCUUCAAUGACCCGGCCCAGGAGCCAGCCGAGGAUGUGUUCCUCACGGAGCUGCGCACCCAGGUGCAGGAGAGCAUCUCCUACAGAGGUUCCCUCCUUGCAGAGUUAAGCAUGACCAAGAAGAAAACAACCCUGGAUGGCCCUGGCAUAGAUCUCACAGUAACAUACAGAAAGGUUGUGCUGAGCGACCGGUCGAAGGAGCUGGCGGUGUCCCUCCGCUCCACGGGUCUGGUGAUGAAAGCCAUCCCUGCUGAUGAGGCUGAUGACCUGGUGUGUCUGAACGUGAACAUCACUGAAAUCAUUAGGAUCAACAACUUGUCAGGACGAUCAUUCUCGGCUGUGGCAAACAGGUUGAAAACAUGCAAUAUCAAAAUCAGGAGCACAGAGCAGAGGCCCUUCACGGUGUGUCUGGACAAGGACAGCAGAAGAGUCUACAGGAACGUGAUCAGCGUGGAAGUGUCCCCUUGCCUAGAGCCCAGCUACUGCCUGCAAAAGACAAGGACAAUGAAAUUCAACCUGCACGAAACAGAAGAUGUGGGGCUUGUGAAAUACAUGCCCAAGUCUCUGCUGUUGCCUAUCAACACGUUUGCAGGCAUCAUCCAAUGAAAAAAACGAGAAAAAGCUGAUGUGAGAGACAUGACGUUGGGUCAUCACAAAGGAGGUGGAAAAAGAAAACACACUAAAAGCCACCAGCGGUGAUUUUACAAUAAUGGUGCAAAAGCUGCAGAAGCAGCUCAGGAUCGGGCUCAGGGAGGGCAGCCGUGCCCUGCUGAGUGACAGUGAUGACCCCAGAGAGCACCCCGUGGCAAGGGGCAGACCGUUGCUGGAGAACUGAGUUUUAACCUUUUGCACAAGUCAGGGAAAACCUUUGAGCUUCCUUAUUUCAGGAAGACUGGGGAAAAUACAGCUGAGGUGAUGGUGCUUGCUGUGCUUGUGGGUCAGAGAGCAGUCGCUAUCGGUAAUAUUUGUCACGGUGAUGUCUCACAGCCUGGCAGGGGAUCAGGGCCUGUUGUGCAGGGUUCUGCACAGCAAACUCCUCAUGCUGGCACGGGGUGAUGUAUUUGGGCAAACCAGCAAUUAUUCCCCUGACUGAUCUAGGAAACCUCAUUGUAAGCCUGAGCACAACCAGACAGCAUCUGUGUUUAAUGCAGCUUCUAUGGAAGUUGGUGGAAAACCUGCUGUUGUUUCAAAGGGGCCACACAAAGUAGUGGUGAAUGGUGUGAAACAGAGACAUGGGAAAUCUAGUGCGGUGCUUGGCAGUGAUGAACGAGGCAAGAACAGCCCAGGCAGUGCUGUGGGAUACGCUCACUGAAUGGUACGGGUCGGCUGGAAGAAGAAACCUUCAUUGAGCAGACAAUGGAGGCUGCACAAGAGCUCUUCGAUGUCUGAGCUGUACCUUUGAGUCCAUCUGGGAUUUUGCUGUGGGUUUGGCUGUGCAACCUCUCCACAUCUGGUCCGGAGCCUCACGAGUGGCAGCUGCAUCUCUCCAGGUGUACAUCCCAGGAACAACCACCUACAACCCCACGGAGUCCCUCCGUGAGGCCAGCCAACAAUACCUCUGCGCCCAGUCUGCCUUGGGGUCCUGGUUUGUUCUCUGUCUGCUGUGCAGGUAAGAGAUGUACGAGAGCGGAGUGGUGCUCCUGGGAUUGCUGGAUGGGCAGGAUGCCUGCAGGACUUCUCUGUUCCUUACUUCUGCUGCUACCAUGGUGUAGAAACCCUCUCCUCAUUGGCAGAGGAGCCAGGCUGAGCAGGGACAGCUCAGCUGCUGCUUCCACCCAGGCUCAGACUAACCCAGUGUCAAGGAUGAUCGUGUAGGAGGACCCUGCCUUUGUUCCAGUUUGUGGCAGGCUGAAAUAAUGGAAGAAAUGGUGUGUAUUUAUUGACUUUCUGAAUGUGACCUGUGGUUUCUGGAGCGUCUCUGGGAAACCUUCCCCAGAUUCAUGUUGGAGGGAUUUGGGGGUGUUCCUUCUAUGACACUAUUGGGUUUUUUUAUUCUCUCAGCUCCCAGAUAAUUCAUUACCUGGGUUGCCUUCACUCAGGGGUGCUUGCUUGGGUCAGCAGCCCAAAGAAAGUGUCCUUUAGCUUUGUAUAUGUGCAUAGCAGCUCUUCCCAGUCAUCUCUGGCUGUCCCUGGAGCCAGCUCCGUGCUACAGGGUGAUGCUGGCCCAGCUGCAGUGGCACUGGCAAACCUCUGUUCGCUGGUGACAAAUCCAACUCCCUGCCCUGUCUGUGCUAGGUCUGCCCAGCCCUGGGGAGCUGCACCUCUGGGGAGUCACUUCUGCUUAACCACCCACACGUGGCACAAGGAGCCCACCUGCAGGAAUGCCAGUCUGGGGUUCUGGAGAGGAGUUUCCCUUAUGCAGAACUGCUCUGAGCUGGUGGGAUGUCUUGGCUGGAAAUCUUCCUUGUGGAAAUCUUCCUUGCAUUUCUUGCCAUGUGCACAAGGCUUUGGGGGUUCAGUCUCAGGCUUCCCUGGUCUGUCUUUGCCGACAAGCACAGGGCUGCUGUGUUCCUGCUCCUGCUGUCACCUGGCACAGCAGGCAUUGUCGCUUCUGUUCCCAAGCUGCAAGUUUACUCACUCUCACUUUGAACGCACCAGUGCAGUCCAGAACCAUGCUGGAAUACACUACUGGGGGCACAGCAGCUCCAGAGCUGCCUGCAGCUGGUGGGUUAUUUAGCAGCAUAAAAAACCUCCAGGUCCCAAGAAAUAUUUCAUACCAAACCAGCACCAACAGCUGAAAAAUCAUGUUGGGCGACAGCAACAAGACCGUUUCCUAAGGAAGAUACCUUGAAAUGCUGGCAGACAUAGCCACUCACUCCCAGCUGAGCCAGGCACAGUCCCCGAGCAUUAAUCUCCCCCCAGAGGAGUCACUAGGCUGCAAAAGCUCAGCAACGGCAUUUAGUUCUUCAGUCCUGUUUUUCACCUCACAGGUCAAAAAUUGUUGAUGACCACCAAUAUUUUGAUGCCCAGCUGGGCUUAGACAGCAAACAUUUUGGCCCUGAAGGAAGCUGGAACUAGGCAGGAGGCUCAGAAAUGAGCCACGAAAUGCCUGAUUGCACCAGCUGUUUUUCUGUGAGCUGCUGCGUAGGGUGACACAGGGUUUAAGGGGUGACCAGUGACUCUUGACACCUCUGCCUCUUUGGGGCUUCACUGGGGGGUUCCUGUACCCUGGUGCACAAGGUAAAUGCUUACAAAGCCAAGAGACCAUGCGCUGGGUUGGAGCGUGGUCUGUGGUGCCCAGAGUUUACUCUGUACAGUUGUAAAUGAUGUAGAUGGAUUAUAAGUUAUUUGUAUAGGUGUCAGAGAUGAUCUGUAUCAGAAGGUGCAAUCCUUUUCAUGCCAAUUAAAAAAAAAUGAAAAAACUCA